AUUAGUUUGUGCACCGGUAAUGACGCUUAGUGUCUGUUGGGCUCGUGUAGGGUAAAUUAGCUCUGAGUCACAGAAGAACUAUUUUUUUUUUAUCAUUUGACGCUACCAUUUAGUUUAUUUUCGCAAGUAACGAACACGAGAUAUAUUGAAUAAUGGUCGUAAAGCCGUUUUUGAAACUAUCCAGUUAAAACGUGCAUGUUACUCAAGACUUGCAAACGAAAGACAGCACGACACUUUAGAAUUUGACCUAAGUCGUUUGCUAACUGAGCUUAUGUUUAUAGUGAGAGAAGAACAAUGUUAGGAGACAUGAUUCUGAGGGCUUUCAGGCUGACAGUGAGAGUGUCUGCAGUGGUUCAGAGCAGCUGUCAGUGUCCAGCCCUCCAUUCAUGCAGAGCACUGCACUCCAGCCCUGUGCUCUGGGCAGGACACAACAAAUGGUCCAAAGUAAAGGACAUUAAAAUACCCAAAGAUGCUGCUCGAGCCCGGAUGAUUGCCAAGUACACCAUGAUGAUCAGGAUUGCAGUAAGAGAGGGAGGAGCCAAUCCAGAAUUUAAUGUUGCUUUGGCACAACUUCUAGAGCAAUGUCGGAACAAGAAUCUACCUAAAGCCACCAUAGAAGGAGCUAUAAAAGGAGCUAAGUCAAAGCAAGGAGCACAGUAUCUUUAUGAGGCCUCGGGACCAGGUGGAUGCAUGCUACUCAUUGAGGUUUUGACUGACAACAACACACGUUCCCAUCAAGAAAUCAAGCGCAUCAUGGUAAAACAUGGCGGGGCGCUGUGUGAAGGAGCACGCCGGAACUUUGACAGGAAAGGUGUUGUAGCAGCAUCCAGAGAUGGGAUCUCCUCUGAGAAAGCUCUAGAGCUGGCUAUCGAGGCAGGAGCUGAAGAUGUGCAGGAGACGGAGGACGAGGAGGAGAAACCCAUACUGCAGUUUAUCUGUGACAUUACAUCCAUGAAGGCUGUGCGGAGUGCCCUAGAAAGCCUGGGGGUUCACACGCUUUCAGCCGGUCUGGAGUUUGUUUCUCACACGCCGUCUCUCCUGAAUCAUGCUCAACUAGAGACCGCGUCCACCCUGCUGGAGGCUCUCAAUGACUGCCCUGAUGUGGUCCGGGUAUGGGAUAAUAUCCACGCACAGAAUUCACAAGGCAAUUGACAAAUGGAUGAACACACAGAUAGAUGGACUAAUUAAUGAUCUACAUGCCUUAAGAACAAUGGAAGAAAUGGACCUGCUUGGGCAAAUUUUAUUAGACUUCACUUGGUUUUUUGUGUGAUGGGACAUGCUUGAUUGACUUUGUUGAUAUGUCUUCAUCGUGGAAAUAAAGAAGAUGUGUUAGUCAUAGAUGUGUAUUCCUUUGAGUAUCAUAAACACCUUUUUAAAUGCAAAUCUGGGUCAAAAGAGAUAAGACAACUUGCAAUGACUUUUUCCCACAUCCUUGAAAAAAAACAUAGCUGAUCUAUGUAAAUGUUUAUUGAACAGUGAGAAUCAGGGUCAGGAAUUAAUUGUGGCUCAGGGCAAAAGUGACACCAAGAGUUAAAAAACAACAACAACCCUUUAAAAUUUAAAGUGUGGGGGCAAAAUAUCCCCUGGCUGAAUUACUCAUUUAAAAAUUUGAUAUAUUUUAUAAUAUUAUUGGCCUGUCUAGUUAUGGGUAUAGAAAAAUUGCUAAAUCUAUGAUUUUUUUUUUUUUUUUUUGCCAAAGUGACUUGAAUGCACAUGAUAUUGACUUCCCAACUUAUAAAUACAAACUUUCCAGCAGGAUUUAAAUACAUCUAUGUAGUUAUCAGACUUUGUGUCCUUGUUAAUGCCUUUUUUUGGGCUGCUUAUCUGACAGACCUCAUUAUCAGACAUAACUAUGCAUCUAGUAAUACAUGUGUAUAUAAUAAUACAGACUUAGUGUACCAAACAUAACCAGUGUCAUGGCUUUAGGUCAGUCAGUGCUCAUAAAAGCCUAUAGAUCAAGCCCGCUUCCUGUCUUUAGUCACUGACCUAUAGAUAAUUCAUCAUAUUUCUAUGUACAAGCCUUGAGUUCAAUCUAUAUGUGGUGUGAAUGUUGAUCAUUGAUCAACCUCUGACUCUUUUCCCACUGUCAUAUCAUUUUUUUUCUGAGAAGAGGUUGGUCCUAAGGGCAAAUGCUCUCUGUUGAUUCAAAAGUCUGAAAACGCCAAUAAGAAAUUAUUGUGCCUUAGUGAACGCGUUUGAUUGUGAUGUAAUUGAUUUGUUUAGGAGUUUCCUCCACUGCUGCAGCUGUCUGGUUCACACUGACAGGGUUUUGUCCACGUGAGGGUUUAUUUGUCAAUGUUCUGGGUCGAGUCAUAAGAGGACGACCCCAUCAGACAUUUCAAUGUGUUUUCACAGGAAGGGCGUUUGGAUUAUGUUCCAUAUGAAGCUGGGCCUGUAACCGAUUGCCCUGGCGGGUAACUCUGCGAGAACGGACAAAAUGCAGCACCUACACGGUAAGAGAGAGUUUAUUAUAUAACAUACUGUACUGUGCAGUGUCUCUCAGUUAAGGUCAGAUGUAGAACCAAAGCAAGGAUGGAGACCCCAACGGUGACGUAAGAGAGGCUUCAACAUGUCAAGACAAUGUUACUUUAAAGGAUUUACAAUGGAUUUUAGGUAUGUUUUGAAAACAUAUAAGAGGAAAACUGAAGAGCAUUGAUACAAUGACCACAAAUAGAAAUCUGCAAUAAAUGGACAUGAAAAUUGGUGAAUCAAAGCAACCGAAUAUUUGGUUUUGGAAAAGAUUUGCAUCAGAACAUCAGGAAAGCUGAAUAAGACUACACAAGGAAUUUUAAUCACAUCAGGACGGGACACGAAAAAAGUUAUUUUUGCCUGGAACAGAAUCUGUUAAAGGUGUAUAACGUUUGUGUGUUUUUUUCUGGAUGGAUGUUUCUCUGAAGAUACUUUGUAUUUUGGAUACCAGGAAUUUGCAUUACAGGAUUUGCUUUCAUGAGUGGAUGAUGUUAUUGUUUUGUUAAUAUUCGAUGUGAAGGUAACCUUUUAAAUAAAUCUCUAUAGGACACGGCAACUAUCUGGGUAACAAAGCAGUACAGAUUUUCUUUUGUAAAGAUAAGCAGUCUGGAUCUUCUUACAAAUGAGAAUAUUUAUUUAUGUGUCUAGAAAUCAUUUCAUAGCUAUAGAAAAUAAAAACCACUCGGAGAUCUCCUUAAUAUCUCAAUUGUUUCUCCUAGACAGCAAUGUGAUUAAAAGGAGAACAAACAGGCUUUCAGCCAUAAGACCCUAGGAAUCUUAUGUGUAUCCUGUAGAAUUUCAGAAGGUCACAACUGAUCAAAAUAUGCACUGAUUGCCAAGAUACCAAAGUCUGAAAACAAAUAUUGAUGAUUUCCAGCAUGUCUCAUCAGAUUCUUCUAACUUCGUAUUAUCUGAGCAAUGCUGUCUACAUAAAUGUCACUUAGUGCUACAAAUGUAUAUCAACAAUUGACCUGUAUGUCUACUGUAUUGUUACUUC